GAAUUAGCCCUCUCGCUUCGUCCUCCCCCACCAGGUUUCCCCCGCGCCGGCGAGCCGAAACGACCUCGGAGCUGAAGGAUGCCGCGGACCACCGUGGUGGAGAGCCCCGGCUGCCCGCCGCUUCGCGCCCUCACCACCGACAUCCUUGGCCUCGUCAAAGUCGUCGAGGCCCACGCGAAGCCCGCGGGCGCCGCCAAGAUCGUGGAGACAUGGGGCGCCCCGGACGCCUCCCGCGCCAUCGUCGCCGCCUCCCUCGCCGACCGAGCGGCCGACCCCGUCCUGGCUGUUGCAAGGAAGAACGGCGUGGUUGAGUUGCUGAAUCCGCUGAAUGGGAAUGCUCUGGCUGCUGUCAAGACCGUGGGACCAGCACCAACUGAUGGUGGAGCUGAAGGUGAUCCUCUCGUCGCGCUGCACCUUUUCACGAGACAGUCUUCAGACUCAAUGUUAGGCACAUUUAUUGCCUGCACGGACAAGGGGAAAGCUUCUAUGAGGUCCAUCACAAAAGAAAAUGCAGCUUCAGGCUCGGGUGCUGGGCCAUCAACCACGUGGGACGUGUGCAGUGGGGGUAAUGUGCAAUUUUGCUCAGUGGAUCAUGGUGAAAGCUAUGCCAUGUUUGGAGGGAAAGGUAUAGAAAUGAACUUGUGGGAUAUCACAUCUUGUAGCAAGAUGUGGUCUGCUAAAUCUCCCCGAGCCAAUAGCCUUGGUAUAUUCACUCGGCCUUGGUUCACUGCUGGAACCUUCUUGUGCAAGGAGGAUCAUCGUAAAAUUGUAGCCUGCACAAAUGAUCAUCAGGUCCGCUUGUAUGAUACUGCAUUGCAAAGAAGACCUGCAAUAUCUGUUGAUUUUAGGGAGUCACCAAUCAAGGCAGUUGCUGCUGAUCCUAAUGGACAUGAUGUCUAUAUCGGUACAGGAACAGGGGACCUUGCUUCCUUUGACAUGAGAACAGGAAAAUUGCUGGGAUGCUAUAUUGGCAAAUGCAGUGGAAGUAUUAGAUCAAUCGUUAGGCAUCCGGAGCUACCUUUGAUAGCAUCUUGUGGACUGGAUAGCUACUUGCGUAUCUGGGACACAAACACAAGACAGUUGCUUUCUGCGGUCUUUCUGAAGCAGCAUCUUACAACUGUGGUUAUUGAUUCACAUUUUUCUGUUGAAGAGCCUGAAGAGACAAAGUCCAAGCAACCAGAGUCUUUGGUGGAGGCUGAGGCUGAGGUCCGAAAAGAAAAGAAGAAAAAGAAGAGUAAAACAGUUGAAGAGGACAAGGCUGAGGCUGAAUUCCGGAAAGAAAAGAAGAAAAAGAAGAGUAAAUCAAUUGACGAGGAUGAGACUGAGGCUGAGGCUGAAUUCUGGAAAGAAAAGAAGAAAAAGAAGAGUAAAACAAUUGAAGAGGAUGAGACAGAGGCUGAGGCUGUAGUUCGGAAAGAAAAGAAGAAAAAGAAGAGUAAAACAGUUGAAGAGGAUGAGGAGCAAGUCGGAGUGGUCGACCAUUACGAUAGUGAUGGCGAAAUGCAUGUCAGGAAAGAAAAGAAGAAAAAGAAGAGUAGAACGAUUGAAGAGGAUGAGGAGCGAGAUAGCGAUGAUCAAAUGUGCACUCCCAAGAGAAGAAAAUCUGGAGAAAGAAGCAAAUCCCUGAAGAAGAGCAAGAAACAGCAUAUCGCCUAGGCUGAGUAUCGUUUAUCUCAUUACCUGCCUUGUACUUGAUUCUGUAGAAUUAUGCAUUUUUGUGCUGUAGUUUAUCCGAGACAUAAUUUUGUGAUCCCAUUUGAAACUCAGCAAGUGAGUUGCACCUUCCAUUCUUCCUUUUUAAUGAUUAAUAUAUAGAAAACGAAUUGUUGCGUACUA